ACGAAACAGACGCUAUCCCUGAGAUUAUCUUUAUAGUCCCCAACAGGCGUGUGAACUAUCCUCUUCUAUCCUCCUACCUCCUUACCCUCUGAUCUUCACCACUUCCUGGAUUACGACUGCGACAACAAGCGCCCUCUCGCUACAUAGUACCCAAUCUAGAUAACAUAACUACUGCAGUGAUAGCCGACGUCAUAGGCGAGAGCUUUCAGCCCUUAGGGAGCAGAAGCAAAAUCACUGUUCACGCACGAUCAGCCGACGAAAUGGGCGCACUAGGAAAUCUGAUUCCGCUGGUUAUUCUGUUCUCGUUUGUAGGCGCGGCGGCGUAUGUGGGCUAUCAGAUCUACCUCUGGUCCAACCAACUUGCCGACCGUGGCGUGCGCAAGAUGGAGAAGAAGAACGUCGUGUUUUCCAAAGACGGGAUGAAGGUUGGUGUUAAAGAGGUGCGGACUGAGGACUAUGCGGAUAGGACGCAGAGGGCUUUUGUUAAGACGUGGAAUGCGGCGUAUGAGGAUGGCGGAAAGAAAACGCCAUCGCGCUCCUCGUCAUAUACAUCCUCGCGAACGAAGUAGCGACCCUAUACUCGAAUCCUGUGAGAACGUGUCUUGGAGGAUAGGAUGGACAGGAGUUUCUUGGUUCACUGCAUUAGGCACGCGGCCAUGGCGCAGGUGGCGCAUGCUGUGACAGGACGAAGAGGGGUGCUCGAAACCUCGGAUGUGAAGAAGACUACGCCUUUGUGUUGAUGGAUUCUGGUAUCACCGCAUCAGCACGCGACCAUUGUGCUCGUAGGAUAUAACGGGAAGAUUUCAUGGCUGGAGAUUGCUGCUUGUUGCAAUGGUCUAUCAGUGUGAGACAAUGUGGGAAUAAAAUAAGCGGUUGUAAUCACUGCUUGGGGGAAAGGAAAUCUGACUUUAUGCUCCAGUUCUCCUCAUCUCG